AUGACCACCGUUUCCAAGCCUCCAAUGCCUCCAAUGCCUCCAAUGGCGGGCGGUGCAAGUGCCGAGCUCUUCCAGGCUGUGAGAGAACGACUGGAGGAGCAGCUAAAGCAUGCAGAGAGCAGCGCAAAGGCUCUGGAAGAGAGGCGGGAAGAGUACGAGGAGCUCCGGGGCUUAUUGUUGGAGCUGCCGAAGAAAGUGCAGCAUCCCAUCAUGGUGCCCUUCGGGCCACUGGCGUCAUUUCCUGGUCACUUGGUACACACCAACGAGGUCUUGACGCAGCUGAGCUCCGAGUACUUCGCGCUGCGCACCCGCGACCGCGCCCUGCAGCUGGUGGAGAAGCGCUUGAAGCGGAUCGGAAACGACGAAGAGUCGGUGGCACGGGAGGUGCGUGAGUUGACAAUGCAGCAGCAGGUGGCAGCAGGCGAAGCGGCUCCCGGUGCAGCCCGCCCUUCACCCAGCGAGCGGACCACGCUGCGCAGCGUGCCCGGCGUGCCAGGUGCCACGGUGCGGCUGGACGAGGAGGGCUUCAUGGACAUCCGCGAACCGGCCAUGGAGGACACAAGGACCUCAGGUGGAAUGGAUGGAAUGGAUAGAAUGGAUGGAAUGGAGGAGACAUUGGAUGGUUGGAACUUCUGGCAGACUGGCACCCCACGUGAAGACGGUGCCCUGAGCCGCCGCUUGAGGGAACUGGAGGAGAUGGAGGCAGGUGCUGAAGAAGUGGAAGCCUCCACUCAGAGAGCUCAGCCAGUGGAUGAGAUGUUGGAACUGGAUCAACUCAUGGAACAAUAUGAGGAGCUUCCACCAUCUCAGAGUCAGCCUGGAGGUACAUCUGAUGCGCCCAAGGCAUUGAGUCCUGCAGAUUUGUACAAACUCAUGGGCAACACUGGCAGCCUGGAUGAUGCUGCGCCUGUAUCUGAUAGCAUUGUGGCCAAUGUGAUCCGUGAGCACCAGGCCCCGUUGCCAGCGUCAUCAGCGCCGGUUGAGGGCGCUCCAAAGCGAGUGUCCAAGUUUAAGGCGGAGCGGCAACGAGGAUAA